AUGAAGCACUUGAUGCUACCAAGAAAAGCAAUCUUGCACGACACUCCUUCUUCAUCAGAGCUCCCUAUGAAACCCACACCCACUCGCAACAAAUACAAAUUUAAGGAUAAGGAGAAUCAUCCUCUUCCUCUUCCUCUUCCAUCGAAGAGCUUCUUUCCCCCAAGGCCUCCCUCAAACCCUCGCAAGCGUAAGCUCCCGGACAUUUCUGUUCCCGCAACUCCCUCCAAUACCGGCAUCCAGGUUGUUGUGAGGAUUCGGCCACUGUUCCAUGACAAGGAUGAAGGAGAUUCUGUAGUUAACAGGAUUUCCAGUGAUUCCUUGUCCAUUAACGGUCACAAUUUCACAUUUGACUUCGUUGCUCACACUCAUGCUACCCAGCUUGAUAUUUUCGAGCUUGUUGGGAUGCCUCUUGUAGAGAAUUGCUUGGCUGGAUUCAAUAGUUCCAUAUUCGCUUAUGGGCAGACUGGGAGUGGAAAGACUUAUACCAUGUGGGGUCAUGCCAAUGCUUUGUUCGAUGACGAUUCUGCAAAAGAUCAACACGGCCUCACGCCUCGUGUGCUUGAGCGACUCUUUGCUCGCAUGAAUGAAGAGCAAACUAAGCAUUCUGAUAAGCAACUCCAGUAUCAGUGCCGCUGUUCUUUUCUUGAGAUAUACAAUGAGCAAAUAAUGGACCUGUUAGAUCUGAAUCAAAGAAACCUGCAGAUUAGAGAAGAUGUCAAAUCUGGUGUGUAUGUUGAAAAUCUUACAGAGGAGCAUGUGUGUACAAUGAAGGAUGUGACUCGCCUUUUGAUCAAGGGCCUGUCAAACAGGAGAGUAGGUGCCACUAGUAUGAAUUCUGAAAGUUCCCGUUCACAUACAGUUUUUACUUGUGUUGUUAAAUCUCGAUGCAAGCGCCCCGCAGAUGGGAUAAGCAUAUUUAAAACAAGUAGAAUCAAUCUUGUUGAUCUAGCUGGGUCAGAACGACAGAAAUUAUCGGGUGCAGCAGGAGAUCGUUUGAAGGAAGCUGGCAAUAUUAAUAGAUCACUUUCACAGCUUGGGAAUUUGAUAAACAUUCUUGCUGAAGUUUCUCAGACAGGAAAGCAGCGGCAUAUACCAUACAGAGACUCCAAGUUGACAUUUUUAUUACAGGAGUCUCUCGGUGGAAAUGCAAAAUUAGCAAUGGUUUGUGCCAUUUCCCCAGCACAAAGUUGUAGGAGUGAAACUUUUAGUACAUUGAGAUUUGCACAACGUGUCAAAGCUAUCAAGAACAAAGCAAUUGUUAAUGAAGUAAUGCACGGUGAUGUGAACAAAUUGCGAGAAGUUAUACGCCAACUCAGGGAUGAGCUGCAUCAAAUUAAAGGAAAUGGUUACAGUCCAAGUGAUGGAAGUGGAGGUCAUUCAACAGCCUGGAUCCAAAGAAGUUUGAAUUUAUUGCAGUCUAGCCUUAAUCGCCCGUUAUCACUACCUCAUGUUGACGAUGAUGGUGAUGAGGAGAUGGAGAUUGAUGAGGAAGGUGUUGAGGAUCGUGCUGUAGUUCUUUGCAAUCCCAAUGCAGGUUCUGCUGGUUGUUCAGGCCUUGAUGGAUCCAUUGAUUCUCCUAGCGCUGCAAUGAAUUGUGACACCCCUGCUAGCCUCAGCAUAGUUCACUGUGAUAUGUCCCCGAUCCCCAUAUCCCCAUCUCUCCAUAUAUCACCAACAAUCGGCAGCAGCAGGAAAAGUUUGAGGACCUCAUUAAAGCUUUCUCCUUCUCAGAAUAAUCUUCACAAUGAAAGUGAAUUAGACACAGAAACUACAGCUCCAAAUUUCCUUUCUAAAACUGAAAAUUUAGCAGCAAGCAUCCACCAUGGUCUUGAAUAUAUUGGUAGCCACCAUCAUAGUGCAGCUCUGGGGCGGUCAUCGUUGAGGCUCUCAUUGAGACCCAAAGAUUCCAGAGUAAUUUUUCCAGUGGACAAAGUUGAUGUGGGAGUGCAGACCUUUCUUGUUGAUAAGGCCAGAGAAGAAGAUUCUUUUUUGUUUACCUGUAACAACUGUAAAAGCAGAAUGCAGCUUGAUGUCAAUGAGACUGACAGUAGCUCAAAUAUGCAGCCAGUACCUGUUGAUUGCCCUCAGUCUGCUGAUAAGCCAAAGAAGCACAUUCUCAAAGCAGUGGAGAGCGUUUUGGCAGGAUCGAUAAGGAGAGAAAUGGCACUUGAAGAGUUCUGUGCAAAGCAGACUUCUGAGAUAAUGCAACUCAAUCGCUUGUUGCAACAGUACAAUCAUGAGAGGGAAUGCAGUGCCAUAAUAGCGCAGACAAGGGAAGAUAAAAUUCUUCGCCCUGAGAGCCUUAUGGAUGGCGUUUUACCUGCUGAAGAGUUCAUGGACGAAGAGCUGGUUUCCCUCAGACAUGAACACAAGAUUUUAAAGGAGAACUAUGAGUGUCAUCCAGAAGUUCAGAAGAUGAAGAUAGAGUUAAAAAGAGCACAAGAUGAGCUACAAGAGUAUCAGAAAUUCUACAAAUUUGGGGAGAGGGAAGUGUUGAUGGAAGAGAUAUGUAGUUUAAGAAAUCAGCUUCACUUUUAUAUAUAUUCUUCAUCCACUUCAGCACAAAAGCAAUAUCCGCUAUUGCAAUUUCCUUAUUCAUCUGAACUCCAUUUGGCAGAAAACCUCACUGCCAUUCCAGAUUGCACAGCGGCUAGCGCUGAGGCCAGUGCCAUGCACUUCCUCUCAACUGAUGACAGGGACAAACUAAAACUUGAACAGGAAAGAAGUCAAUGGAUGGAGGCGGAAAGCAGGUGGAUUUCUCUUUCUGAAGAACUGAAAGCUGAACUUGAAGCCAACAGAUCACUAGCUGAAAAGAGGAAGCAGGAACUAGAUGCUGAGAGGAAGAAUGCUGAGGAACUGAAUGAAGCAAUGCAAAUGGCUAUAGAAGGCCAUGCACAAAUUUUAGAACAGUAUGCAGAUUUGGAAGAGCAGCAUAUCCAAUUGCUUGAAAGGCAUAGAAAGAUCCAGGAUGGAAUUGAUGAUAUCAAGAAAGCAGCUUCCAGAGCUGGAGUUAGAAGUGCAGAGUCUAAAUUCAUAAAUGCCCUUGCUGCAGAAAUUUCAGCAUUAAAAGCAGAAAGAGAAACAGAAAGGCGAAACCUGAGGGAUGAAAAUAUAGGGCUUCGGGCUCAAUUGAAGGAUACUGCUGAUGCAGUGCAAGCUGCAAGUGAACUGCUUGUGCGACUUAAAGAAGCAGAAGAAGGUGUCAUUACCGCGCAGAAGCGGGCCAUGGAUGCAGAGCGGGAAGCUACAAAGGCCUACAAACAAAUUGAUAAGUUGAAGAAGAAACAUGAGAAGGAGGUUAGCACACUUAAUGAGCUCCUUGCCAAAACACGUUUGCCUAAGGAAGCAAUACAACCUACUUAUGAUGAUUUUGUCAUGCCCACUAAUGAUGACACCAAGGACCUCGUCAGUGUUAAUGAUCAAUUUGAGCCAUUUUAUAAUGAAAAAGACGGUGAGCUUGCAAAAUUAGCAGAACAAUCAUGGUUCUCCGGUUAUGACAGAUGCAACAUAUAAAUAAUCACACUUCCGUGUGUUCAUUUGUUCUUAUGAUUUGAGGAAAUAAUAG